AUGUUGCAUCUCUCCAGAGUAGCUCGUAGAUUCUUCGCAGAAGUCGUCAAAACUGAUUAUAUGGUCGUCAAAAUGUAUACCCCUACAGCCAGCCUCUUCAAUGGUGCUACUGAUAUCGAAUCAAUCUACUUUGAAACAUUAGAUGGUGGGAAAGGAGUCAUGAAUGCUCAACACAUGACAUAUCAGACCACCCUUCUCCCUGGACUUAUUGAAGUUCACUUCAAAGCUGGCCAAAGCAAGAAAAUAGUCCAUGUUGGUGGCAUCCUUCAGAAAAAUACCGACAAUUCGGUUGAUAUUGCCCUAUUUGAAGCUUUUGAAAAAGGAGACUUGGAUUGGGAUGCUUUAAAGAAGAGUGAUGUUUUUGCUAAUGAGCCAAUAGGAGAAACAGGAGCAGAUGUUGAUUUUUUGAAAAAAGUUGGCCUUCAGCUUAGAGAUGAAGUCUCAAAUGCAGCAGCUAAUCUUUAA